GGCCGACAAUCCCCGAGAAUCCCCGCGCACGCUGAGGCUCUUGGGAGUUGUAGUACGAUCCAGUCAGGGUUGGAACCAUGGCGGUGACCGAGGAGCUCUUACAGAUGGACCUGUACGCGCUGCUAGGUAUUGAGGAGAAGGCAGCGGACAAAGAGGUAAAGAAGGCAUAUAGGCAGAAGGCCCUCUCCUGCCACCCUGACAAAAAUCCGGAUAAUCCCAGAGCAGCUGAACUCUUCCACCAGCUUUCUCAGGCCUUGGAGGUACUGACCGACGCUGCAGCCAGGGCUGCGUAUGACAAGGUCAGGAAAGCCAAGAAACAGGCAGCAGAGAGGACCCAGAAACUUGAUGAGAAAAGGAAGAAAGUGAAGCUUGACCUGGAGGCCCGGGAGCGGCAGGCCCAGGCCCAGGCCCAGGGCAGUGAGGAGGAGGAGGAGAGCCGGAGCAGCAGGACUCUCGGGCAGGAGAUCCAACGCCUGCGAGAAGAGGGUUCCCGGCAGCUGGAGGAGCAGCAGAGGCUGAUCCAGGAGCAGAUACGCAAGGAACGGGAACAGAGGGUGAGAGGAAAGGCAGAAAAUCCUGGAGGAACCCCCAAGCUCAAGCUAAAAUGGAAGUGCAAGAAGGAGGACGAGUCAAAAGGUGGCUACUCCAGAGAUGUCCUCCUGCAGCUUUUUCAAAAGUAUGGAGAGGUGCUCAACCUGGUGCUUUCCAGUAAGAAGGCAGGCACUGCCGUGGUGGAGUUUGCAACUGUCAAGGCUGCGGAGCUGGCCGUCCACAAUGAAGUGGGCCUGCUCGAUAACCCUCUGAAGAUUUCCUGGUUGGAGGGACGGCCCCAGGGCAUGGAGGACCCCAGCCACCCAGGACUGUCACAGGUCACCAGGAGCGGGGAGACAUUGGCAGGUCUGCCAGCCAGAGCGGGCCUGGGAUUCCAUGCUGACCCCUUUCCUUCUGAGUGCCAGCGGGCCCCGCCCCACACGAUGCUUACACCUUACUUUUCUCCACGUCCCGCUCUGCUGUUGGAGACGUACCACCCAAAGGGGUUUUCCUGGCCUGCAGGCCGCUUGGUUGUGAAAUGAAGCGCUUGGCACUUAGCCAAUCUAGUGCUGUGAGGAGGGGACAGAGGAGGCAGGCAGCUCUUCCUUCCUCAGCUCGUUUUCCAGGUGUGUCUGUGGCUGCUGUCAAGAUGCAGUAUCUCGUCCUUAGAAAUAACACAGGGUACCCUGCUGACAUUGGGAUGCUCGCUGCCUGGGUGCCUGACUCAUGGUGAAGCACAGACUUCAGCGGAUGCGUGCCCAAUGCUAGCUCUUCGUCCUCAUAGCUUUUGUUUAGCACCA